UCGGUCCCUUCCUAGCUUGGUUCUGGCCUGUCUCCAGAGUUCCUGGGAAGUUCUGGAGAGUAGCAUGUGCUCCAGAAGGUGGGAACUGUCUCUGGCUCUGGAACUUCUACUGCUGCCUCAUUUGUUCCUGGCAACCAGCGUACAAGAUUAUUCAAAAUAUGCCGUCUCCGGCAGCAACGUGAGUCUGCCAAUCUCCAGUUUGCCGAGGAACUACAAAUCACUCACCUGGUUUUAUACUGCUGACCAGAAGAUUGUAGAAUGGGAAUCCGGUCAGCUUAAAUACUUCAAUACUAAACUUAAGGACAAGGCCAGGCUUGAUCUUCAAAGUGGCACACUGCACAUCGAUAACGUCCAGAAGGAGGACAGCAGCACUUACCUCCUGAUGGUGCUGAAGGACACUGGGGAUGAGGACGAAUGGAAGAUCUCACUGGUGGUGCUUGACCCUGUACCAAAGCCUGACAUAAAAGUCAAGAAGACACAGGAAGUGAACAAGUGUAACCUAACCCUGUCCUGUGUGACCCAGGACCAGCCUGUAAACUACACCUGGUAUGCAGAGUCCCUUCCAAAAGAGUUCCAGAGCAGUGUGCUUGAAGUGACCCAUGCACCACAAAACUACUCCAGGUCUUACACCUGCCAAGUCAGCAAUCCUGUGAGCAGCCAAAAUGAGACAGUCAACUUCACUUCACCCUGUGUACAGGCCCCAUCCUCUGGAGUAGCUUGGACUGCAACUUGGCUAGUGAUCAUGGUAACCACUGUUCUUGGUCUCCUAUGGAUCUGAGAUAAGCUCUUCUAACUCAAGAGUGAAACUUCAAGAAUGCAAGAUCUUGCCCUCAUCAGUAACCAUACUAUUAACCAGGACAGAAGUUCUGGCUAUAUAGGAUGGGGGAAAGUACUGAGAUGUCUACAAGGAUUUUCAAAUUAACUUUUUUAAACCAUAGUAAUAUUUUAUUUUA